GUUGAUUAAAAACUCUCCUCAAAGAAAAAAAAAACAGAAUCAAUCUGAUACUAAUCUUCGUCUUCUUCCUCCUUUUCUUAAUCCAGUAGUCCUAAUCGUUUCUUACUUCACUUUAUGCUUCCUAAGAAGCGACCUGUAAACGAUCAACAACAAGAAGCCGAAGCGAAACCCGACGACUGCCCCACGCCCGCCCCUGCAGUGAUCGUAACUGCUAUCAAUAAGAAGCAUCAGAUCAGUUCUGUUCUCUUAGAGUCAACGGCGGAAAAUAACGGUAACAGCAGCAGCAGUAGUGGUGUGAUAAUGGCACCUGGGAGUGGUGACAUGGCGCAGAAUCAGCAUGAUAUUGAUGAGGAUCUGCACAGCCGGCAACUUGCUGUUUAUGGCCGGGAGACUAUGCGCCGGCUUUUUGCUUCUAAUGUUCUUGUUUCUGGCCUGCAGGGUCUUGGUGCCGAGAUUGCUAAAAAUCUCAUUCUUGCUGGGGUCAAGUCUGUGACAUUGCAUGAUCAAGGAGUAGUGGAGCUGUGGGAUUUGUCCAGUAAUUUCAUUUUUUCUGAGAAUGACGUUGGCAAGAACCGGGCAUUAGCUUCUGUUCAGAAGUUGCAGGAACUCAAUAAUGCAGUGGUUGUUUCUUCUUUAACUGUGGAAUUGACAAAAGAAAAACUUUCUGAUUUCCAGGCUGUUGUCUUUACUGAUAUCAAUCUUGAUAAAGCCAUUGAAUUUGAUGACUAUUGCCAUAGUCAUCAGCCUCCUAUCUCUUUCAUUAAGGCUGAAGUUAGAGGACUUUUUGGUUCUGUGUUUUGUGACUUUGGACCUGAAUUCACUGUUUUUGAUGUCGACGGAGAGGAACCACACACAGGGAUAGUUGCAUCCAUUAGUAACGACAAUCCUGCUAUAGUAUCAUGUGUGGAUGAUGAGAGGCUUGAAUUUCAGGAUGGAGAUCUUGUUAUGUUCUCUGAAAUCCAUGGAAUGACUGAGCUUAAUGAUGGAAAACCAAGGAAAAUUAGAAAUGCUAGGCCAUAUUCAUUUACUCUUGAUGAGGACACCACAAACUUUGGUACCUAUAAGAAAGGUGGUAUUGUCACACAGGUGAAACUACCUAAAGUCUUGAACUUUAAGCCACUGCGGCAAGCACUUGAAGACCCUGGAGAUUUUCUUUUGACUGAUUUUUCCAAGUAUGAUAGGCCAUCUCUUCUGCACCUAGCAUUUCAAGCUCUGGAUAAGUUCUUGUCCGAGUCAGGUCGUUUUCCUGUUGCUGGUUCAGAGGAGGAUGCUCAGAAGCUCAUAUCUAUGGUCAAUAACAUUAAUGAACGCUUGGGAGAUAAAAGAGUUGAAGACAUCAAUUCAAAACUUUUGCGUCACUUUGCUUUCGGAGCCAGGGCUGUACUUAAUCCAAUGGCUGCUAUGUUUGGUGGUAUUGUUGGACAAGAGGUUGUCAAAGCAUGUUCUGGGAAGUUCCAUCCUCUCUUUCAGUUUUUAUAUUUUGACUCAGUGGAGUCGCUCCCCACAGAGAAUUUGGAUCCCCAUGAUUUGCAACCAUUGAAUAGUCGCUAUGAUGCACAGAUUUCAGUUUUUGGAUUAAAGCUCCAGAAGAAACUAGAAAAUGCCAAUACGUUUGUUGUAGGAUCUGGUGCAUUGGGCUGUGAAUUCUUGAAGAAUUUAGCAUUAAUGGGGGUUUCUUGUUGUAAACAAGGAAAGCUGACUAUAACCGAUGAUGAUAUAAUCGAGAAGAGUAAUCUAAGUAGGCAGUUUCUUUUCCGUGAUUGGAACAUUGGGCAGGCCAAAUCCAUGGUUGCUGCUUCUGCUGCUUCAUCAAUAAAUCCUUCAAUGAAUAUAGAAGCAUUGCAGAACCGUGUCAGCCCUGAAACUGAGACUGUCUUUGAUGAUGUAUUCUGGGAGAAUUUAACUGUUGUUAUAAAUGCUUUAGACAAUGUUAAUGCAAGAUUAUAUGUUGAUCAGAGAUGCUUAUAUUUCCAGAAGCCACUUCUUGAGUCUGGAACCCUGGGUGCUAAGUGCAACACUCAGAUGGUCAUUCCUCACCUGACUGAAAAUUAUGGUGCCUCUAGAGACCCACCGGAGAAGCAAGCACCCAUGUGCACUCUCCACUCGUUCCCUCACAACAUUGACCACUGCUUGACCUGGGCUCGCUCCGAGUUUGAGGGUUUGUUUGAGAAAACUCCAGCGGAAGUGAAUGCAUAUUUAUCUAACCCAGUUGAAUAUACUGCUAGUUUGGCGAAUACUGCUGAUCCUCAGGCAAGGGAUACCUUAGAACAUGUUGUUGAGUGUCUGGACAAGGAAAAAUGUGAGACAUUCCAGGAUUGCAUUACAUGGGCUCGCUUAAAGUUUGAAGAUUAUUUUACUAAUCGUGUGAAGCAGUUGAUUUAUUCAUUUCCUGAAGAUGCUUUAUCAAAUACUGGCACUCCAUUCUGGUCAGCCCCAAAGCGUUAUCCUCAUCCACUUAAGUUCUCAACUUCCGAUCCCAGUCACCUCAGUUUUGUCAUGUCAGCAUCUAUACUACGAGCAGAGGCUUUCGGCAUACCAGUUCCCGAAUGGGUCAAGAAUCCUAAGCUGUUUGCUGAGGCUGUUGAGAAGGUGAUGGUUAUAGAUUUUGAGCCAAAAAAAGAUGCUAAAAUUGUGACGGAUGAUAAGGCUACCAGUCUUUCUACUGCAUCUGCAGAUGAUGGAGCAGUUAUCAAUGAGCUAAUCGCAAAAUUAGAACAGUGCAGGAAGAAUCUGUCACCCGGAUACAGGAUGAAACCGAUUCAGUUUGAGAAGGAUGAUGAUACGAACUUCCAUAUGGAUCUGAUUGCCGGGCUUGCCAACAUGAGGGCAAGAAACUACAGCAUUCCUGAAGUUGACAAGCUGAAAGCCAAGUUUAUUGCAGGAAGGAUCAUCCCUGCAAUUGCGACAUCCACAGCUAUGGCGACAGGUCUUGUUUGCUUGGAGCUAUACAAGGUUCUCGAUGGAGGGCACAAGGUGGAAGACUACCGGAAUACAUUCGCUAAUCUAGCACUCCCUUUGUUCUCUAUGGCUGAGCCAGUCCCACCUAAGACUAUCAAGCACCGAGACAUGAGCUGGACUGUUUGGGACAGGUGGAUUCUACGAGGCAAUCCUACUCUGCGGGAACUUUUUGAAUGGCUAAAGGAGAAAGGACUAAAUGCCUACAGCAUUUCCUGCGGCAGUUGCCUGCUUUGUAAUACUAUGUACCCUAAUCACAAAGAAAGGAUGGAUAUGAAGAUGGUCGAUCUGGCUCGGGAUGUGGCAAAACUAGAAUUGCCUCCAAAUCGACGACAUUUUGAUGUUGUCGUCGCUUGCGAGGACGAUGAGGACAAUGAUAUCGACAUUCCUCUAGUAUCAAUAUACUACCGCUGAGUUGUAAGAGUUUCAUUUAGGUGACUCCUCUUUUUGAUCAGACAGCACCGUCUUAUCAUGUUGUAUCUAUGAUAACAAAAUAUGAACACUUCUCCAAAUUUUAAAAAAUUCUAAUAAUUGUGUAUACAUAUGAACUAGUGUUACAAAUUGGCGGCUUUACAUUGCCACCAUUGCGAUUUCUAAUGAAUUUUCUUGUGACGUUCGAAUAAAA